GAAAGCUCUCGCGUUAGGACGCAAAUAUUUCCGGAUCGCAAAAUAAAAAUAAAUUAUUCAAAUCGGCGAUGCUGUCAAAAAUACAUAUUAUUAUAGUGCUCUACGCCCUUAUAAUACCACAACAUGUUAAUAUGACUGUUAUUUAUAUAGAACUCAACGAUUAUACUGAUAAUCAAGAUGUGCAAAUAAAACUUCCAAAUAAUGAUACAUUGAGCAUUACAUUUAAUUUGAAAAUGUUUCAACCAAGUGACAUCUUAAAAGUUGAUAAUUUCAUGUUAUCAGAAAAAAACACGAAUUUCGAAACUCCACCAGCAACAGAACCAAACGCUACGAAAACAACUACAAGGACGAAUGAUUCAAUAAUGACAUCAGCAUCAACCACUUCAUCGGAAAAUUCAUCGAUUACGAUUCUUAACAAUAAUCAUAUACAGAAUACUAAAGCAUCAACUAAAGAAGGCACAGCUGAAAUACCACUUACUAAAGCUAUGGAUACUCCAUUCACACGACUUUCAACGUCCCCAGAGGACCUCGAAGUUAGUGAAGAAGUUGAAGGAAGUGGUAGUGGUAAAGGUGCUUAUGAGCCACAAAUUGAAGCCGCAGCUUCCACAACAGUUACGCCAACAACAACUACGACGACAAGUACUUUAGAGGAAAUAACCACUUUAACGGAAAAUGUAAGGAUGACUCAUCAGUCAAAUGAGAAGAUUUUAAACAGCACUGAAAAAGGGAGAAAAUAUGCCUUAUCAACUCGACUUUCAACGCCCCCAGAGGACCUUGAAGUGAGUGAAGAAGUGGAAGGCAGUGGAAGUCACGAAGGUAGCGGCCAUAACCAAGGAAGUGACGAUCACUAUCAUCAUGGAAGUGGUGAUCAUCAUCACCAUGGAAGUGGGGAUCAUUAUGGUAGUGGCGAUCAUUAUAAUGUUGGUAUCUACGAACCACAAAUUGAUGGUUAUAUAAAAAAUAAUGAUCACAUUGUCAAUAAGAAGGAGAAAGAGGAUUUCUAUUUUCAAAACAAUGAUUUGUACAGUAUUUUAAGUGAAAAACUAGAGAAUAUUAGCCAAUAUUUAAACAAAACAUAAUAAAUAAUUGGAUCAUCAAAUUGUGCAACUAAAAUAAUUUUAGAGCUUCAAUAUUUUUUAAUGUGUGUGGAAAUGUAUUUUUAAAUUAUACCGAAAUCCCUAGUAAUUACAUAACCGUUGUUCAAUUUUCAAUUGCAACCACAAAUGGCUAACAAUAAAAUGA